UCCGCCGCGGCCUUCCGGGUACCGAGCGCCUGCGCGCCGCGGUGACAUGGCCACGCCGGCCAAGCGGCGGGCCCAGCCGCAGCCCCCAGCCGAGGAGAGCGGCUCCGAGUCCGGGUCUGAGCCGGAGUCGAGCGAGUCGGACUCGGAGGAGGAAGAAGAGGAGGAGGAGGAGGCGAUCGAUGAGGAAGUGAAUAUUGAAUUUGAGGCACAUUCCAUAUCAGACAGUGACUAUAACGGGAUAAGGAAGUUACUACAACAGUUGUUUCUAAAAGCGCCUGUUAACACUGCUGAAUUAACUGAUAUAUUAAUACAACAGAAUCAUAUUGGAAGUAUUAUCAAGCAAGCAGAAGUCCAAGAAGACAGUGAUGAUGAUGAAGAUGAUGAUGAAGUCUUUGGUUUCAUUAGCUGCUUAAACUUAACAGAAAGGAAGGAUACACAGUGUGUUGAACAAAUCAAAGAGCUGGUUCUAAGUCGGUGUGAGAAGAGCUGUGAACAGCACGUAGUUGAACAACUGAAUAAGCUCCUAAGUGAUAGUACUAAGCCUGUGGGUCUUAUACUGAGUGAAAGAUUCAUUAAUGUACCACCACAGAUUGCUCUGCCCAUGCACCAGCAGCUUCAGAAGGAGUUGAGUGAGGCACAGAGAACAAACAAACCAUGUGGAAAGUGCCACUACUAUCUCCUUAUCGGCAAGACCUUUACAGAAGCCACAAAGAGCAAUUCUAAGAAGAAGGGAGGGAGACAUCAGCAAAAGGAGGAAUUAAUGUUUGCAAAUGCAGAGGAAGAAUUCUUUUAUGAGAAAGCCCUUCUGAAGUUCAACUACUCUGUGCAAGAGGAAAGCGACACUUGUUUGGGUGGCAGAUGGUCCUUUGAUGAUGUACCAAUGAAACCCUUGCGUACUGUUAUGAUAGUUCCAGCUGAUGGAAUUCAUGCCAUUAUGGAUAAACUGAAAGACUAUCUCUCAGUCUGAGAUUUCCUAUAAACACUGGGUUUUAUAAAGCAGCCAUGCAGAACUAUGACUUUAGGGUUUUCAGAAGGCUGCUGUGGUAUUAAUGGUUUUCUGCUGCUCAAAUGCUUCCUCUGUACAUUUAGAAGACAAGGAGAUGGUACAAAUAAAAAUAUCUAUGAAAUUAAUAUUUUUAAAUAUUCUGUUUUAUGAUAUAUUGUUAUCACCAUUAAACAGUCAAUAAAAAAAGUGUAACAAGAAAAUGUCAAGAUCUGCUCAAUAUGUUUUUAACCAAAACUAAAUUGUAUAUUUUUGUUAUGAAAUAACACAUACAUAAGGAAGAAAAAGCUUUUUUCUGUAUGUUUCUUCUGUUAAAUACAUUUAUUUCAAAAGUUUGAAAUGAUUUCUUUGGUUAAGAUGGAGAUGGAUAUUUCAUGUACUGCUUUUAUUUGUAUUUGUCUGAUGUAUGAUGGUUCGGUCUAAAUUCACUGAAUAGUACAUCUUUGUUCAGUGGGA